GCAUUCCCCUGCUUACAUACAGAGCACUUGUCAUCCAAGAGAAUGAAGAAGAUACUAGUAUCAAUCAAGUUCCUGUUUUGUUUUUCUCUGCUCUGUGUUUUGUUCUCUUCACUUCCUUUACUCCUUCAAUCCUUGAAGCCAUCCCUCAUGCAAUUCUUCAGCUACUUGGUUGAAAAAAGCUACAUGUUCCUUUUCUGCAAUGGCCUCCUUCUUGUUUUAAUAGCCAUCAACUCUGCUCCAAUCAAUGCCUCUUCACCACCAACCACUGAACGUGCUGCUUUUUCUGUUCACAUAGAAGAGAAUAGCAGCCAGUUAGAAUCCAAGGAACCAGACAUUGCAGUUGCAGCAGCACCAAUUGCUGCUGAGGAAACUGAAUUCCCACAAGAAGAGGAAAAUGUUUUGGAGAUAGUAGAACGAGAAAAUGUGCUAUCAGAUACCCAAGAAGGGGGAAAUGCCCUUGUUACCAUUGAUGAAGAUGUGCAUGACACUGAAGAGUUAAAUAAGAAAUGUGAAGAUUUUAUUAAAAGGAUGAAAGCAACGUUCUCUUCCACUAACUUGGAGCUAAGGGCUGUCGACAGAUUUUAUUUUGAUAAUCGAUCAUGUCUCAUGAAUCUCCCUUUCUUUUGAAUUGACUUUAACUAACAGGGUGUCUUUGUUUCCGAGUUAUUUUGCCACCCAGAUUUUUGCUUGCAGGAAUUAAAUCCUGGCCUACAUGGUUCUGUCAGACUAUGUUCCAUGUUCUGUUCUCUGUUCCAAUGGAAACUCUUUCAUUCUAUAUCUAAUUUUCAUUUAACCUAGAAA